ACCAUGUCUUCUCUUGCCUCUUGCAUCUUCCUUUUCCUUUUCUCCUUCCUCACUACUAUCUUCCCAGCUACUGCUGAAAGUCCCUACUUCGUACACCAUCUUUGUCGGAAUACGACAAGGUAUUCACCGAACAGCAUUUACUCCACCAAUCUCAAAACACUUUGGUCCUCUCUCUCUUCCGCCAACGCCUCAUACUCCUCCGGAUUCCAAAACGCCACUGCCGGACAAGCCCCGGAUACGGUCACCGGACUUUUCCUCUGCCGGGGAGACGUCUCGCCGAAAGUUUGUCGCGGCUGCGUCUCCCUUUCCGUCAAAGAUAUCGAAGCCAAGUGCCCGAAUCAGAGAGAGGCCACUAUCUAUUACGACGAGUGCAUGCUCAGAUACUCUGACCAGGAUGUUUCCUCGAACCUCACAUUCGCUGACGCUUUUUUGAUGUAUAACGAUUACAAAACUGCACCUAAGGAUGUAGACCUGUUCGAAAAACUGGCGUCGACCACGAUGAUGGAAGCUGCCUUUGAAGCGGCGAAUAGUUCUCGAUAUUUCUGUACGAGAAAGGCCAAGUGGAUCGACUUCAAGGAUUUGUUCGUCCUAGUUCAGUGCACUCCUGAUCUGACAAGAGAUGACUGUUUGUUCUGUCUGCUACAAUCCAUAAACGGUUUGAAUUUUGAAAGUAUUGGAUCAAGACUUCUUUCUCCUAGCUGUAAUUCAAGGUACGAGCUUUACAAGUUCUACAACGAAACCGAAGUUAAUACAACUAUCCUGCCUCCACCACCGCUAGCUUCUUCUACCACUCCACGACCUAACGCAGGGAAAGGUGGGAACUCAAACGUGUUAGCCAUAGCCAUCCUUGUGGCUAUAAUAAUGGCUUUGCUACUUUCCAUAGCUGGUUAUUGUUUCCUUGCAAAGAGGAAAAAGAAGACUUCUGAUAAUGCACCAACCUUUUAUGGAGAUGAUAUAACAACAGUAGACUCGCUGCAACUUGAUUAUAGAACAAUUCAAACUGCAACAAAUGAUUAUUCAGAGAAUAACAAGAUUGGGCAAGGAGGAUUUGGCGAGGUUUACAAGGGUACAUUUUUGAAUGGGACUGAAGUUGCGGUGAAGAGACUGUCAAAAUCAUCAGGCCAAGGUGAAACAGAGUUCAAAAACGAGGUUGUUGUUGUUGCAAAGCUUCAGCACAGAAAUUUGGUAAGGCUUAUGGGGUUUUCUCUAGAACGAGAAGAAAGGAUAUUGGUCUACGAAUAUGUGCCCAACAAAAGCCUUGAUUACUUCCUCUUUGACCCUACAAAGAAGGGUCAGCUAUCCUGGACACGGCGAUACAAGAUCAUUGAAGGGAUUGCUCGAGGGAUGCUAUAUCUUCAUCAAGAUUCACGGCUCACAAUCAUUCACCGUGACCUCAAAGCAAGCAACAUCCUCCUGGACGCAGAUAUGAAUCCAAAAAUCGCUGGUUUUGGAAUGGCAAGGAUCUUUGGAAUGGACCAAACUCAGGAGAACACAAACAGAAUUGUCGGUACCUACGGUUACAUGUCUCCCGAAUAUGUUAUACAUGGCCAAUUCUCAAUGAAAUCCGAUGUCUAUAGCUUUGGAGUGUUAGUUCUUGAGAUUAUAACUGGUAGGAAGAAUAGCAGCUUCUACGAGAGAGACGGUGCACAUAACUUGGUCACAUAUGCUUGGAGACUGUGGACUAAUAAAUCAGAGUUAGAUCUUGUGGAUCCAGUUAUAGUAGAUACUUGCCAAAUGAGUGAAGUGGUUCGAUGCAUCCAUAUCGGUCGUUUAUGUGUUCAAGAAGAUCCUAUAGAGCGUCCGACCUUUUCAACCAUUUUGAUGAUGCUCAUAAGUAACAAUGUGAUUUUACCAGUGCCUCAACAACCAGGGUUUGUCACUCAGACUAGACCGAAAAAAGAUCUGCCUGAUUCGAAUCAAUCUACGAUGACCAAGUCUGGUAUAUGGUCUGUUGGUGAUGCGUCUGGUCACUGAUUUAUAUCCUCGUUGAUUAUGGUGUUAACCUUCACGCUUGCAUAAUUGGUAAUUAUUGAAAACACGUGUUGUUUUUGGUUGAUAAAAAGUUCAAAACUUGUUU